UGGCUUACCUUUUACUGGGUACAAAAGCUGAUGGUUAGAGGAAGCAAAGGAAAAAUUGAAACAGUUAAUGACCUAUAUGAACUUCCUGAGAGAUUGAACACUAAAGCUACUGAAAGUAGAUUCCGUAAUAUCCUGAAUGAGAGAAACAGUAUAUCAGACACCCACAGGAACUGCAGACCAUGACCAUGCUUCCACAAACGAAACAGAAGUAAACUUCAGAGGCAUUGGUUCAAAAGUGUAUAGUCCAAGGACUCUUUUCCAAGCUUUAAAUGCAGCAUUUGGUUGUGAAUACUAUUCUUUGGGAAUCCUAAAACUUCUGGCAGAUUGCUUUGGUUUUGCAGGGCCAAUAUUGCUAAAUUAUUUUGUUAAUUUUAUUGAGAAGAAAUCAGAACCUGAAUACCAUGGUUACCUGUAUGCUCUUGGUCUACUGAUGUCUACUUUCCUGGGAACUAUUUGCUCAACACAGUUUGAUUAUCACUCUCAGGUGGUUGCUUUCAAAAUGAGAUGUGCUAUUAUCACCACAGUCUACAGAAAAGCCUUGACAGUCAGCAGUGUAACACAGUCACGUUUCAGUACAGGCGAGGUGGUCAACUUUAUGAGCACAGACACUGACCGCAUUAUCAACUUUUGCCCAAGCUUUCAUGCAUUUUGGAGCCUACCUUUUCAGAUUGCUGUUUCUUUAUAUCUUCUUUACAAUCAAGUUGGGCUAGCAUUUCUGGCAGGGCUUGCAUUUGCAGUGCUGCUAAUUCCCAUUAAUAGAAAGAUAGCUAUCAAGAUUGGAGAUUUGAGCACAUGCAUGAUGUCUCAGAAAGAUGCCAGAGUCAAACUGAUGAAUGAGAUGCUUCAAGGAAUCAGGGUCCUGAAGUUUUAUGCUUGGGAAGACCACUUCACAGAAAGAAUCAAUCAUCUCAGGGAGAAGGAGUUAAAGAGCCUAAAAGGUCGCAAAUACCUUGAUGCUUUGUGUGUUUAUUUCUGGGCCACCACACCAGUUCUUAUCUCUAUCCUCACCUUUACUACCUAUGUCCUGCUUGGUCACCAGCUGACUGCUGCUAAGGUUUUUACCAGUCUCUCCUUAUUUCUUAUGCUCAUUUCUCCACUGAAUGCUUUCCCAUGGGUAAUCAAUGGGCUUGUGGAAGCCUGGGUCUCACUGAAACGUGUUGAGAACUUUUGCAGCCUCAGAGAAGCAGAUCUUCAAUAUUAUUACUCGCCCAUGACUGAUGCAGACAGUGAUGUAGCUAUCAGCGUCAAGGAGGGUACAUUUUCAUGGCGUGAAUCGUCAUCACAGCUAGAACAGCCAGAAUCAGAAGGUGCCUAUUGCGAGUCAACAAAUGUGGUCUGUGGAGAUGCCUACUCUGGAGGCCUUCUUCAGCUGUCUAGUAUUAAUGUGACAGUCAAAAAAGGUCAGCUUGUGGGGAUUAUUGGGAAAGUAGGCAGUGGCAAAAGCUCGCUUCUGAAUGCCCUGCUGGCAGAGAUGAGUCGCACAGAUGGCCACAUAUCUAUUGCUGGUCUUGAAAAAGGCUUUGCUUUGGCUGCACAAGAAGCAUGGAUUCAGAAUGCCACAAUACGAGACAAUAUACUAUUCCAUUCUUCCUACAAACCAGCUCAUUAUGGGGCAGUCAUACAUGCGUGUGCGUUGACCGAAGACCUUAAGACUUUGCCAGCUGGGGAUCAGACUGAGGUCGGUGAGAAUGGUGUGACUCUUAGCGGUGGCCAGAAAGCAAGGGUUGCUUUAGCAAGAGCUGUGUACCAGGACAAGGACAUCUAUCUUCUGGAUGAUCCUCUUGCUGCUGUCGAUGUCCAUGUUGCAAAUCAUCUAAUGCAGUAUUGCAUCAUGGGACUUCUGCGGCACAAAACGUGCAUUCUGUGCACUCAUAAUGUGCACUUUCUGGCUCAUGCUGAUCUUGUGCUGCUCAUGGAAGAUGGAAAAAUUGUAAAAGCAGGUCCACCCACUGAAAUAUUGCAUACAAUUGACCUUGAUAAAAUGGAAAAAAACCAGGAAAAUAAUAAUCAGAAAGGAAGUGAAAUGUGCAUGGAAGGAGAGGAGGGAAAAUUGGUGGAGAAAGAGGAAAAAGAGACAGGAGUAGUGAAAAUGACUGUAUACUCAGCUUAUUGGAAAGCUGUGGGAAUCUGCUUGUCUCCCAUCAUUCUUCUGGUUCUUUUUUUGAUGCAAGCAUCAAGGAACACAAGUGACUGGUGGCUAUCAUACUGGGUGUCUCACAGCAGUCAACACAAUUCGUCUACAGAAUUCCGUACAACAGAAGCUGCAGCUGUUUAUUUCUUGUUUGGCACACGGUAUAUUCCACAUCAUCUUUGGUUUCACCUGCCUUCAGAUGAUUCAACACAGCCCUUGACAAAUGUCACAGCUGCAGGGGACAAUGUUUCUUUUUAUCUAACAGUAUAUGGGUGUUUAGCAGGUGCAAAUUCUCUCUUUACCCUCAUGAGAGCAUUCCUUUUUGCCUAUGGAGGUGUUUGUGCUGCUUAUGUUCUUCAUGGGCAACUUCUUACAUCAGUAUUGAAGGCACCCAUGCAGUUUUUUGAUGCAACACCUCUUGGGCGCAUCAUCAAUCGUUCUUCAGAUGUCUAUGCCAUUGAUGAUUCACUUCCUUUUCAACUAAAUAUAUUCCUGGCACAAAUCUAUGGCAUCAUGGGCUCUCUUGCGAUCACCUGCUACAGUCUUCCUUGGUUCACCAUCUGCCUUCUUCCUCUAGGUUUCCUCUAUUUUAGAAUACAGCACUACUACCGCCACACCUCAAGGGAGUUAAAACGACUGUCAAACAUUACUUUGUCACCUUUAUACGCUCAUUUCUCAGAAUCCAUUAUGGGUCUUGCUACAAUACGGGCGUAUCGACAGACUGACAUAUUUCAGGAGGAAAACCAGAAGUACUUGACUAUCAACCAGCGGGCUCAAUUUUGCACACAGGCAGCCUCACGUUGGCUGGAUCUGCGGUUACGCAUGCUGGGUGCUAUAGUGGGUGCCAUUGCUUUUAUUGCUGUUCUCCAGCACCAUUUUCAGGGUGUGGAUCCAGGUAUGAUUGGUUUGGCUCUGACUUACUCAUUAUCUGUGACCAACCUACUGGGUGGAGUGGUCAUGUCCUUCACUGAAACUGAAAAACAGCUGGUCAGUGUGGAGAGAGCAAACUAUUAUAUCACCAACAUUCCCUCAGAACGAUGGACAGGCUGCCUUUUUCCACCAUCAAACUGGCUAAGAGAAGGCAUUGUCAAGUACAGUAAUGUUCACAUGAGGUAUCGACCAGGUCUUCCUCAUGCUUUGAAUGGUGUUACAUUUGAGACUGUCCCAGGAGAGAAGCUGGGCAUUGUGGGAAGGACAGGAUCAGGGAAAUCCAGUCUCUUUCUCACACUGUUUCGUAUGGCCGAAAUCUCAGAAGUUAUUUCUGUGGAUGGAGUAGACCUUAGGCACCUAGAUUUAAAGGACAUAAGGUCAAGAUUUGCCAUCAUUCCACAAGAUCCAUUCUUGUUCAGUGGCUCUGUGAGGCUUAAUCUUGAUCCAACAGGCUCACAUACAGAUACCCAACUUCUUGCUGUGCUUGAGCGCUGUCACCUGGAUGUCGUCGUUCAACGACUGGGUGGCUUGGAGUCAGAUGUGGGAGAAAGGGGUCAGCUCUUUUCAGUAGGCCAGAGGCAGCUCCUUUGUUUAGCCAGAGCUCUGUUGACUAAGGCCAAGGUGUUGUGCAUUGAUGAGGCCACAGCCAGCGUAGACCAGGAGACUGAUGCUCUGGUGCAGACCACCAUACGGCAUGAGUUUGCCUCGAGUACUGUGCUCACCAUUGCACACCGUAUCAAUACUGUUCUUGAUUCCCAUCGUAUCCUGGUCAUGAAAGAUGGUGCUGUGGCAGAGCUGGCACCACCAUCUGAACUGCUACAGAACCCUGAUUCUCUGUUUUCUCGAUUGAUUCAUAGCCAGCAUUAAACAAGCUCAAGUUUAUGGAGGACUGAGGACAGUGUUGGUACAAGAAAGUUUACCUACAACACGAGAGCUCUGCCUCAUAUAGUGAUACCCAAGUGGUGUUUGAUGUGUUUUACAUGAGACUGCCAAAAAAUGGGGAGCUGAGCACUUUGAUUGAUUUAAUCUACACUCAAGUCCUUUAUUGGACAUUGCUCUGGGAAUAAGAGAAAUGUUGAAAAAUGACAGAUGAACAGAACAAAGAUUGAUGUAGGCUGGAGCAACAGGUGUAGUAGCUGUUCCAAAAGGACUUGUGAUUCCUUCUCAGGAGACUGUUUAUGAUCAUCCAGUGCUGGAUAUCAGAUGCCAUCUUGCAUUGAACUGCAAUGCUUGUAUGCGGCAGGCUGCAAAGAAUUAUGGGGGAACUGUACAGAAAAUUGUUCGUGUAAUACCUCUAUUUUUGCAUCAGUGACAAAGGAUGUGCUGCAGGAUACAAGCUACCCAUGUGUAAAGACGUUUUCAGCAAUUUUUCACAUGGUCCAAACAGUAGCAGCAUGAGUCAACAACAUGCAACAUCAUAACAGAAGACUGUCCAAUGGGCUGCAAGCCUAGUUAUACAGGAAAUUAUUGUAAUGAUUCCUUCAGAUCUGUUACCUGUGUACACAUGGCUUGAGUUCUAAUGACACACGUUACAACUGUACAGAAAACAGUCCUUCUAACAUCUAUGAUGGCAGUGUGAGACAAGGUGUGCUGCAGAAUAUCAUUACCUUUUUUUUAAAAGAAGCUUGCAAUAGAGGAUCAUUUGGCCUCAACUGCAACAUGUGACAACUGUUCUGAGGGAACAAUGUGCAACAGGAGACUGUUGAGGGUUGCAAAUCUGGAUAUCAAGGAGUUUUCUCUAAUCAAGUCUCAUCACUUCCAUCUGACAACAGAGGGAAAGAUUCAGGCAGUCUGGGUUCUGCUGUUGGAGCAAUUGGCAGAAGUAUUGGUUGCUGUGUUGCUGGUCUUUUUUGUUUGAGGCGAGGAUGUGUGCAUUUUAUUCAUAAGCUAUCGAUAAUGCUGAGCACCCUGUAAACAACGCACAGCUACCGGCUUCUCACAGCCAUUGCAGACAGUUUCUAAUCCAGACUCUCCUUCAAGCUCAACUGUCCUAGAGCCUGUAGAUUUCCUUCUUUAAGAGUUGAUUUUCAUUGUACAUGUAUUAUAUUUGUGUUUCUGGAACAUUUGCUCUUACAACACUGUAUUCAAUUGAGACCAGUCAGUCCUGAAAAAAUAUGAAGUGAAUUAUGUUGCUUUAAAUUUGUGUGUGUAUGUGAAGUGCCUUGUGCUUGCCCAUAGAGCAGGGAUAAGUAUACAAGCGAACUUUAUUAUUGUUAUUUCUUUGAAGGUUUGGGGUUUUUUUUUUUCCAUUUGUUGUGCAUUGUGAAUGUUUGGGCUGAUAAGAUGGAUAGAUGUGUUUGAAUAUAAUUUUUUUUCUUAAAAGUACCAUGGGGGGUGGGGAAUAACUGGUCAGCAGUGAAAAAAGCAUUUCCUAAGACUGACCUGAGUAGAAUAUUUUUUCAAGGACUGAACUGGUUUAUCAGAAACUACUACUCUUAUAGAUCAAAUGACUACCAAUAACUUUCCGAUAUCCAAUAACUUUUCCAGUCAAAAAAUACAAGCCAUUGAACACUGCAAUUCUCACCUGGUUUUUGGAAAGACAUGUCACAAAGUAGACACCUCAUUAGUAAAAGUUCAAAGCUGGCAACCCUGGUGAUCAACCUUCGCCCAUUGCUUCCAUUUGACCUAACUGGUACUUCAGCUCCCUCCACUGGAUCGAAUCCAUCAUUUCUUGUCAGAGGAUUUGGCCAUUAACCUAUCAGUCACUUUGAACUUAAUUUCAUGUUAUCUUUUAAGGUAAAGGAUCUGGUAUUCUUGUGGUAUGAUGAAGAUCAGUCAAUUCUCAUUUUGCAAAAGUGCUUUACUAGUUAAUAUUUAUGGCUCUAAUGGCACAUGAAGUGGUGUAACUUUUGUUAUUUGGUGUCCCACGUAUGUAUGAGUUUGAAGAGUCAUGAUUUUAUUUUAAUAUUUGAGGAUAAAUUUUUUGUAUAUUCAUUUGAGAUUGGCUUGAGAGAUGAUAAAUGAAGGAGUGUACAUAUUAAAGCAUUUUUGCUUGUGUGAUUUUUAGAGAAAUACCUCAAAUUAUUGUUUGUUAUUGUCAGCUAUGGCAUCAUAAGCACUAACAUCACCGUUUCUCAUUUUCCAGAACAAAAGGAACAAAAAAAGCAAUCAAGGUCUCUUGCUGUUUCUUCUAAUUUAUUGAAGAUUGUACAGAUGCUUUUUUAAAGUAAAAGAACUCAAACAUCCACUUAACAGCUUGAAGAACUCUGUCCUGAAAAGCAGCAUUGCUUCAUCUAUUUACAAAACUGGAACUAAAGUCCCUGAUGGAAAUCAUAGAUUGUUAGGUAUGGUAAUUGACUUAUAAACAUUUAGCUCAUUUUUUUGUUGUUUUUUAAUUGUGUAAUUUGAUGUCUGUCAUAAUUCUUGAUCAUACAUACCAGUGAGAAUGAUACAAAAAUGCUGUCUUUAAAAACUGUUGUUCUUCAGCAAAUUCUAUCAAGAUUAUUAUGUGUAGGAGUUACGAAGGUUUCAAAGAAUGUGUUGGUAAUGGCUGACAUGUAGGUAUUUUUUUCUAUUUUUAACAUUUAAUCUAGUCAAGAAGUGCAUAUUGCUAAUUAUUUAUUAAUUAUUUCAUCAAAUUAUUAUAAAUUAUUUUAUUUAUUAUCAAAUUUUUAUGAAUUAUAGUUAUUAAACCUAGAUGUGAGAUCAGUUACUAUAAACAUCUAAGCCCAGCUUAUUAUACAACUUUACAAGCUGUAGGCAUAGAGGCCUACAGGGUUUGAUUACUUUUGAUAACGCUUUAGCUCUGUUAGCUUACCUUUUUAUAAUGUCACUUGUUUAAGAUCGUAUAUUUGUGUGGAGCUGUAUGCCAGAUGUAUCAAACUGAACAUUUCAUAAUAUUAAUGCUGUUUUAUAGCAGAGUCUUGAUAAGUACCAAAGUAAAAGGAAAAUAUUUGAGAAUCAGUAACUAGAAUGGUGUACAGAGAUAAGGAAAAAAUAACAAUCGUGGCCAAAGUUGAAGAUCAUUUUCUUAAUCUUCGGAAUGCAAGUGGUAUGCUUUACAGCAGAAUGUACUUUGCAUGAAGGGCCAAAAUACCAUAUUGGUCAUUUUGUAUUUUAUGGAACUUGAAGGAAGUUGGCUUUCAUUUAUUCUUGACCUAAUUUUAGCUUCAUGAAAGGUCUAAAGCAGGGUCAGCAAUAGCAGAAAGACAGACAUGUGAUGUUCUAAUCAUGUAAUUUUCAUGGAAAAGGCAGAUGUUGCAUUCUAUAUUCUUUGACACUUUAUCUUUGACCUUAAAAUGUGCACCUACAGUUAUGAGGUAACUGUUUUCUAAUAAUAUCGCAUUUUUGCAGUUGACCUUAAUUUUUGUUUCUUUUAGUGCACAUUGCCAAGGAAAGUUGUUUACAAGAUGAAAGAUUCAGAACACGGAUGUGUACACACACAUACACAAAUGGCCAUGCCUAAAUAGAAUAUAUUUUUUUAUAUUUGUGCAAUAAUUGAAAUGAACAAAGAUUAUUGUUGUUUAGAGCACUAUAUAUAGUUUGUAAGAUAAAAAAAACAAAGGAAUGAAGUAAAAUGCAGAAGAUCAGGAUAAACUGUGAUCAAUGCAAUCAACAAGCAAAAGUAUGACAAUGAUAUAGUAUUCAGAGCUAUUUUAUGUCUCUUUUUUUUUUUCUAUCUUUCGAUACUUUGUUCUUCUGAUUAUUUUCUCUCAGUAUGCAAGAUCAUGGUAAUAUCAAAUGUUCAAUUGUUGUCUUCAUCAGUGACCAUGUGAUCUGUCUGUUAUCCUUUUAUUUGCUCAUUAUAUGGGCUCUUCCUGUCACUGAAAACACAUUAAUGAGAAUGCUAAUAUGUUUUUGGCUCUUUAUUUAUACAGUUCAGGUGAAGUCAAGACAUAUCUUAUUGUCCUGUUCAUGGUAUCGCUGUUUUAUUAGUAUUUUUGCUUGUGUGGCUGAUUUUUUCCAUUUUCACUGGCCUCUUGUUUUACUGCAAUAAACAUUGUACUUUUA